AUGAAAAGAAGAUGGCAUAUAAAUGGCGAAUCACCGUCGAAUGAUAUCAAACGGCAAUUGACUGCUGACAAUCGCGUUUGCGAUCGCGGUUACGACGAUUCGACAAUAAAUCAUGGUAAUAACAUUGAUAAGAACAUUGAAAAGAUCAUUAUCAGUCUACUUUUCAUUCUGUCGAACGGGGUGCUGAACAGCGGAAGCGCCAAGGAGCACGUGCACUUCAAGAUUCACGUACCCGAAAUAAUAAAACAUCAUAUUCAUACGACAACGGUGUUCAUACAUAUUCACAAGCCGGAUAUUUCACCGAAGAAGUCCAAGCCCAAGGAAGAAGCGCCAAAGAAGAAGAAGACCUACCACAAGGAAGCGCAUCACGAAGACUGGAGUUCCUGGAGUAAUUAUGGCUACCACAGCGAUCACGACGAUCAAUCGGGUAAUCUGAAGAAUCAAAAAGAUCACAAGGACGACGAUGUUCAUAAAGAGGGGCAACACGGCGACAUGAUGGGGUAUCAUCCGCCGCAGUACGAGGUGAAAGAAGACGUCAAGGAGAUAGAUAACAACGACAUUGAGCCUUACAUACACACGUACGAGGAAGGUUAUCGCAAGGGGGGCGAAUCCGCUCUCGGGCACACUUAUUCGGGCGACGUCACGAAAUUCUACGACGACAAACACGAGCAGGGCGGCCACUCCGUUGAGGAUUAUAAAAAUGAGUCGAGGGAGAAAACCCAUGCGGGUCGUUACUUCGUCGAUGAUUCGGAAUAUCAGCACAACAACAAAGCGGAGAAUCGCCUGUCUCCUAGAAUUGUCGCGCGGUCGCGAGGCAACGGACGAGCAAGAAUAAAGAUAGAUCGUGCCAAUAACAUUAACUCUGCAUUCCUUAGCGAGAAAGAUAAAAAUAAAAAAUAACGAUGAAUUUAGCAAUAUUUUAUAGAAAGUUAAUUUUCAUUAACAAAAAAAUCAGAAAUUCUUUGACUUUCAUCGAUGUAAUGAUGUG